UUUUCCAGGUCAGCAAUCUUUUGAACUCGUCAAACACGAGCUAUAAAACAGACAGAUGGGUUUUAGAGAAAGCAGUCCACAAAAUUCCAUGGCGGAAAUUCAUCCCUCCGUCAACGUCCUCCACCUCUGCACGGUGCCUCCACCCCAUGGCUCCCUCGUCCCCUUCUCUCUUCCGCUCACCUUCUUCGACAUCCUCUGGCUCCGCUUCCCUCCGGUCCAACGCAUCUUUUUCUACAAAUCUUCCGCGCCCUUCGACGUCGUCGUUUCCACUCUAAAAAACUCCCUCUCCGCCGCUUUGCAACACUACCCUCCCCUCGCUGGCGCUGUCGUUUGGCCGGAAAACUCUCCCAAACCCGCCGUCCAGACCGUCCUCGGCGACGGCAUUUUGUUAACCCUCGCCAAAUCCGACUCCAAAUUCUCCCAUCUCGUCAGCGACGGGUUGCGCGAGGCGGCGGAGUUUCAUACUCUGGUGCCGAGGCUUCCCGCAGCAGAUGACCGGGCGGCGGUGAUGGCGCUGCAGGUGACUUCGUUUGGAACCGACGGAUUUUGCAUCGGAAUUACUUCGCAUCACGCGAUUCUGGACGGGAGGACGUCGACGUCGUUCGUGAAAUUAUGGGCUCGUCUAUGUAAAAAUUUGGUCGCCGGCGGUGAGUCAGCGGAGCCGGUUAGUACGGCAGCUGAAACGAUGCCGUUUUAUGACCGGAGCGUGAUCGUCGACCCAAGGGGCCUCGAGGGCAUUUUCUUGAGAGAUUGGUUGGCUCAUGGAGGCUCCGACAACAAAAGCUUGAAAUUCUGGUCGCCGUCAAUUCCACAGGGUUUGUUCCGAGGCACGUUUAAGUUAAAUCCCCAAAAUAUCCAAAAACUCAAGCAAUUGGUACUGAACCGCCGGAAUCCGGUUCAUCCGCCGGUUCACAUCUCCACCUUCACGGUGGCGAUGGCGUACACAUGGGUCUGUACUGCGGUGGCCGAUGGCUCACCCAACGACGGGGAGAUAUCCUUCGGAUUGUCGGUGGACGCACGGCGGUGGUUAGACCCACCAGUGCCGGCGAACUACUUCGGGAACUGUCUGGUCGGCAGGACCACCGACCAGGAGAGAGCCAAGUUGGUGGGGGAAAACGGUCUGGUCACGGCGGUAGAGGGCAUAUCAAAGGCGAUUAAAAGCUUGGAAGAGAAGGGAGCUCUGGACGGCGCCGAACAGUGGGUUUCGUUGUUAACACAGGUUUCUGGGAGCAAUCGGAAGAUGCUUACCACCGCCGGAUCGCCGAGAUUUGAGCUGUACAGCGUGGACUUUGGGUGGGGUACGCCAGCAAAGGUGGAAGUUGUGUCGAUCGACGAAACCGGAGCCGUUUCUGUCUGCGACGGCCGAGACGGCGGAGUGGAACUAGGGUGGGUAGCGAAGAAAGAUGUUAUGGAGGCUUUUGCUGCGGCUUUUGCAAAGGGCCUUAAAGAGCUUUGAAGCUGGCGGAAAGUAAGGAAUAUAUAUAUUGGUUCAAUAAGUUAAGAUAGCAUAACAUUUCUCAAUGGCCAUAAUUAACCAUCA